AUGCGAAAGAGCUUGGACGGGCUUGCUGUCGCAAAAUCUGUCGACGAGACGGUGAGCAAAGAGGUUCAGGAAGAUCGAACUCAGGAUUCAUCCGCUGAACGUACGCAGCCGUCCGUGGCAAGGACAUCACUCGUUGAGAAUGCUUAUCUUUUGGGCGACGCGGAACUGAGUGGUCAGUCGUAUACCGGUGAAUUAAGUGGUCAAUCAUUUACCGGUUCAGUGCCCAGUGCCGGAGAUUGUACGUUUUAA